CAUGGCUGACAAGCAGCCCUCUUCAGCCGAUAACCCCACAAAACCUCUACAUCCAGUCUACACAGUCACGAACAUACAAAACAAAGUUCGUGUCUUAGACGGCGACAAAGUCACCUACUCCGAUUGGGUGAAACUAUUCAAACUCCACGCCCUUGCCUACGAUGUUCUGUCCCAUAUUGAUGGCUCCGCACCACCGUCCUCAACUGAUCCGACUUACGAGUCGUGGUCGAAGAUUGACGCCAUUGUCCUACAAUGGAUACUUGGCACUUUAUCGGAUGCUUAUGUUAAACGUGUUAUUGAUAAUGUAGGUACAACACAACAAGCGUGGGAUAGGCUUCACAGGGUUUUCCUCAACAACAAAAAUGCACGUGCCGCCACUCUCGAACAUGCCUUCACUACAACUACCAUGGCCUCCUGCUCGUCUUUCAAUGACUACUUCCAACGCAUGAAAGACCUCGCUGACCAACUCAAUGAUGUUGAUCACCCGGUAAACGAAUCCCGUUUAGUCCUCCAAAUGGUUACCGGUUUACCGCAAGAGUACGACACUGUCGCCUCCUUUAUCACCCAAGCCGAAAAAUCUUGGGAUGAUGUCCGUGAUAUGAUUGAACGCGAACAGCGUCGCCAAGCCGCUAGGCAAUCUAUACACGCGGCUCUCUCAAUUACCAAUGCUGCACCAAACCAAAACACACCUCCCACUCCAUCACCGAACCCGACCCCUCCUCCACCUUACCACCCCGCUCAAACCUAUGACACCCGCAACCACACUCAAUCCCAAAACCGUGGCCGAGGCCGCCAACCCACCCCCGAACCACUCUGGCUACGGCCUCACCCAUCCAACCAUACCCUACACCUUUCCUGCCCCACCCGAGUACCAAACAAAUCCACCGGUGGACCCUCUCCAACCAACCGAGCUUGGCACUGCUUUAUCCGCCUUAACUAUCAACUCACCAGUGCCAAUGUGGAAUAUGGAUACGGGUGCUUCUUCACAUCUCACCGCGGACCCAGGAUCUCAAGACUGGACAACCUCUUUCACGCCAUGAUAGCACCGGUGACCUUUACCCAUUCACCCCACCUCGUCAAGUCCUUUUAGUAGCUGAAUCAAAUAAGUGGCACGAUCGUCUUGGACAUCCUGGCACACAAGUUUUAAAAUUUCUUUCUAGCAUUUUUCAUAUUCCUUGUAAUGAACAAUCGUUUGGUUUUUGUGACUCUUGCCAUUUAUCUAACAGUAAACGGCUUUCUUUUGUUGGUUCAAAUUCCUUUACAUAUGCUCCAUUUGAUAUAA